AUGGCUGCCGUUUACAAGUCACUCUCCAAGAGCAGCGCUCAGAAGCAAGAUGCCCCUUCUUCUGGCCCCAGAAAAAAUAAGCAGCGUGUCUUAAUCCUGUCGUCUCGCGGCGUCACAUACAGACAUCGCCACUUGCUAAACGAUAUUGCCUCGAUGCUUCCUCACGGCCGGAAGGAUGCCAAAUUCGACUCCAAAUCCCGCCUGAACGAGCUCAAUGAACUCGCCGAGCUGUACAACUGCAACAAUGUCCUGUUCUUCGAGGCCCGCAAGGGACAGGAUCUGUACGUCUGGCUGAGCAAGGUUCCUAAUGGACCUACUGUCAAGUUUCACCUGCAAAAUUUGCAUACCAUGGAAGAGUUGCACUUCACUGGCAACUGCUUGAAGGGCUCGCGGCCUCUUCUCUCGUUCGAUGCCGCCUUCGACUCGGAGCCGCACCUCAAGAUUAUCAAAGAACUGUUCUUCCACACGUUCGGCGUUCCUGAGGGCGCGAGAAAAUCCAAGCCUUUUAUCGACCAUGUCAUGGGAUUCAGCGUUGUCGAUGGUAAGAUCUGGAUCCGUAACUACCAGAUUAGUGAGACUGAGGGAUCACUCCUCGAUGGCGACGGCGACGAAAAGGACGCCAAGAAAAAGAGUAAGAGGGCCGCCAAGACCAGCAGCAACCUCGAGAUCAACCUCGUCGAGAUUGGACCCCGAUUCGUCCUCACCCCCAUCGUCAUACAAGAGGGUUCCUUUGGCGGACCCAUCAUCUACGAGAACAAGCAGUUUGUCUCGCCCAACCAAGUCCGCGCCGACCUGCGCCGGUCCAAGGCUAGCCGCCACAACGCCAGAGCUGAGCAGACGGUCGGCAGAUUGUCGCGAAAGGCGGAUCUCGGUCUGCGAACAAACGGAAGCAAGCAGAAAAUACCUGGUGACGAGUUGGACAAGAGAAAGUUGUUUGCAUAG